AUGGAUUCCGCCAGGGCGACCAAAGGAGAGCGAGAUCUGCCGGAGGCAGAGAAACGCCGGCCAACCGGUCUGGGCACUGUCACUGCCAUCUUCUUGCUCUCGUUGCCGCUGCUGAUCCUGCUCUUCCUCUUCGGCGACCGAGCUGUCGUCUCCAUCGCCGGCAACUCCCUGGUUUGGCAGCGCGCGGGGGUGCAGAGCUCCGGCAAUACGUCCUCGUCCCCAGUGAACGCUCACCACGACCUGCUCCUCGGCGGGCUUCUCUCGCCAGACUUCGACGCAGCGACGUGCCUCAGCCGGUACGAGGCGUCCAAGCGAUGGAAGACGCCGUCGCCGUUCCUGGUCUCCCCUUACCUCGUCCAGAAGCUGAGGCAGUACGAGUCGAACCAUCGGCGGUGCGGACUGGGCACCGCGAACUACCGCGAGGCCAUGGCGCAGCUCACGUCCGGCCGCAACGGCGACCGCGCCGAAUGCAGGUACGUGGGGCUCUUCUGCGAGCCGUUCCCGGGGACCUCGUGGAUCCUGCCGCCGGACUUCCCCUACAAGGACGGCUUCUGGGUCGGCUCAAGUGACAGCUACCUGCACAUGCUUGAGAACAACGUCGUCCGCUACGACGAUAGCGGCGGCGGCGGCGACGCCAACGCGCUGCCGCCCUACGUCUACUUCCACCUGGAGCAGAUACAGCUCCGGCUCCAGAAUCACACGUUCUGCGAGGAGGACCACCGCGUGCUCGACAGGUUCAACUGGAUGGUGCUCCGGUCAGACAGCUACUUCGCCGUGGCGCUGUUCCUCAUGCCCAUGUACCGGGCCCAACUGGACCUGAUGUUCCCGGCGAAGGCGUCCGUGUUCCACCACCUCGGCAGGUAUCUCCUCCGCCCGGGGAACCGAGCGUGGGGGAUCGUUGAGAGGUUCUACGACGGGUACCUCGCCGGCGCCGACGAGCGUCUCGGCAUACAGGUCCGCCUCGCGCCGUUCCUUCCACUCACGUUCGAGGUCAUGUACGAGCAGAUCACCCGGUGCACGCGGGAGCAUGGCCUCCUGCCACAAGUGACCGACACCAGCGAGCCGGGUGCCCGGCCGUCCAACGGCACGGCGGCCAAGGUGAAGGCCGUGCUGGUGGUCUCCCUGAAGCCAGAGUACUACGACAAGCUGCACAGCGUGUACUACACCAACGCGACGGCGACCGGCGAGGUUGUCACGGUGUACCAGCCGAGCCACGACCAGGACCAGCACUCAGAGGCGCGGGCGCACAACGAGCGCGCCCUGGCCGAGAUCUUCCUGCUCAGCUACUGCGACAGGUUGGUGACCACGGGGUUCUCGACGUUCGGCUACGUCGCGCACUCGCUGGCUGGGCUGCGACCCUGGCUGCUGAUGCUGCCGGACCGGACUACGCAGAGGGCCGCCGUGGCUUGCGUUAGGCCAGCGUCGGUGGAGCCAUGCCUGCACUCGCCGCCGUCGCUCGUCUGCCGGGCGGAACAGGAUCUUGACCUGGUGGUGCAUCUGCCCUUCAUGCGACACUGCGAAGAUGUUGACUCCGGCGGCGGCCUCAAACUGUUCGAUUGA